GUAUCAUAAAACGUAGAACUUCUUACGGAGAAGUCAUUACUUUGAAAAUUUUUACCGGAAAUUGUAUGUAAUAGUGUUUGCUUUGACACGUUUGGACGCUGUACCCUGGCAGGUUGACAGUUAUAUCUCCAGAUACGCAGCAGUAAAACCACAUGAAAUGGAAGUCAUGAGCCGUAUUUAGACAACAUUUACCAUAAAUAAGCCGUUUUAAUUCGGUAGCACUUUACCGCGGGGAAUGAGAUGCUGUUUUAACGGUUUUCUGUUCGUGAUGACCGGCUGUCACAGUAUAACUAGAUAGCCUGAAACGCAAUUUUAUUAUUUUUUCAAACCAUUUUUUUCUUUAUUUUCUUUCCGAUGCUGUGAGGAAUUAAUCCAGAUCGUAUGGAGCUGUAAUGUACCACGUCCUCCUCAGACUGUAGCGGACAGGAGACACUUGGCCAGUGAUGGAUAAUGCUCAUACAAAGACGGUGGAGGAGGUUCUGGGCUUCUUUGGGGUGAAUGAAUCUACAGGUCUGAGCUGUGAGCAGCUGAAGAAGAACAGGGAGAGAUGGGGACCCAACGAAUUACCAGCGGAGGAAGGGAAGUCACUCUGGGAGCUGAUUCUAGAACAGUUUGAAGACCUGUUGGUUCGAAUCCUACUGCUGGCUGCAUGCAUCUCAUUUACCCUGGCGUGGUUUGAAGAAGGAGAGGGGACAAUCACAGCCUUUGUCGAACCCUUCGUCAUCCUCCUCAUCCUCAUUGCUAAUGCUAUCGUUGGAGUAUGGCAGGAGCGUAACGCAGAGAAUGCCAUCGAGGCUCUGAAGGAGUACGAGCCGGAGAUGGGCAAGGUGUACCGACAGGACAAGAAGAGCGUCCAGAGAGUCCGAGCCAGAGACAUUGUUCCUGGAGACAUCGUGGAAGUCGCAGUUGGCGAUAAGGUCCCAGCUGACAUCAGGCUGACCUCCAUCCGCUCCACCACACUCAGGGUGGACCAGUCCAUCCUGACGGGGGAGUCUGUGUCGGUGCUGAAACACACCGACCCUGUACCGGACCCCAGAGCCGUCAACCAGGACAAGAAGAACAUGCUGUUCUCUGGCACCAAUAUCGCAGCGGGCCGAGCCAUAGGGGUUGUUGUGGCAACAGGGGUGCAGACGGAGAUCGGGAAAAUCCGAGAUGAGAUGGCCUCCACUGACCCUGAAAGGACUCCACUACAACAGAAAUUAGACCAGUUUGGAGAACAACUGUCUAAGGUCAUCAGUGUGAUCUGUGUGGCCGUGUGGGCCAUCAAUGUGGGACAUUUCAGCGACCCAGUCCACGGAGGCAGCUGGCUGAGAGGAGCUGUUUAUUAUUUCAAGAUUGCCGUCGCACUGGCAGUAGCUGCAAUACCAGAAGGCCUUCCAGCAGUCAUCACCACCUGCCUGGCUCUGGGCACCAGGAGGAUGGCCAGGAAGAACGCCAUCGUCCGCAGCCUGCCUUCAGUGGAGACGCUGGGCUGCACCUCGGUUAUCUGCUCCGAUAAAACGGGAACACUAACUACCAACCAGAUGUCUGUCUGCAGAAUGUUUGUAGUGGACGGUGUGUUGGGGGAACGCUGCAGCCUCAAUGAAUUCACAGUGACUGGAUCUACUUAUGCCCCUGAAGGGGAAGUCUACAAGGAAGGCUCGGUGGUGAAGUGCAGUCAGUUUGAAGGCCUGGUUGAGAUGGCCUCCAUCUGUGCUCUGUGCAAUGACUCAUCGCUGGACUAUAACGAGGCUAAGGGUGUCUACGAGAAGGUUGGCGAGGCAACAGAGACCGCCCUCUGCUGUCUGGUGGAGAAAAUGAAUGUGUUCGACUCCGACCUGGGAGGACUUAGCCUGGCAGAGAGAGCUACAGCCUGCUGUUCUGUGAUCAAGCAGCUGAUGCGAAAGGAGCUGACGCUGGAGUUUUCCAGAGACAGGAAGUCCAUGUCCGUCUUCUGCUCAUCCACUAAACUCUCCAAGUUAGCUUCUGGAUCCAAGAUGUUUGUCAAGGGAGCUCCAGAGAGCGUCCUGGAACGCUGUAAUUACAUCCGGGUCAGCGGCUCGGCUCGUGUGCCUUUGAGCCCGGCAGUCCGAGAGCAGGUCCUGUCCACCGUACGGGAGUGGGGGUCGGGCCGAGACACGCUACGAUGCCUCGCCAUGGCAACCAGGGACACGCCCCCUGACAUCCACUGCCUCAACCUGGAAAACUCGGCGGCUUUUGCAGACUAUGAGUCGGACCUGACCUUCGUUGGCUGCGUGGGAAUGUUGGACCCCCCCAGGAAGGAGGUUCUUGGUGCGGUCCAAAUGUGUCGGCAAGCUGGAAUACGAGUCAUCAUGAUCACAGGUGACAACAAAGGCACGGCCCUGUCUAUCUGCAGGAGGGUGGGCAUCAUCACAGAGCAGGAGGAGGAACAGGAGGGUACCGGGAUAACCGGGGGUCUAACGGGGAGGGAGUUUGACGAGCUGCCUCCUCACCUCCAGCGUCAGGCCUGUCGGACCGUACGUUGCUUCGCCCGGGUGGAACCGGCCCACAAGAGCCGCAUAGUGGAGUACCUGCAGAGCCUCAGUGACAUCACCGCCAUGACUGGCGAUGGGGUGAACGAUGCUCCGGCACUGAAGAAGGCAGAGAUUGGCAUCGCCAUGGGCAGCGGCACGGCGGUGGCGAAGUCAGCGUCUGAGAUGAUCCUGGCCGAUGACAACUUCUCCACCAUCGUGGCCGCCGUAGAGGAGGGCCGGGCUAUUUACAACAACAUGAAGCAGUUCAUCAGAUACCUGAUAUCAUCCAACAUCGGAGAGGUGGUCUGUAUUUUUCUAACAGCGGCCCUGGGCAUGCCUGAAGCUCUGAUCCCAGUCCAGCUGCUGUGGGUCAACCUGGUCACUGAUGGUUUCCCAGCAACCGCUCUGGGCUUCAACCCUCCAGACCUGGACAUAAUGUCUCGUCCUCCCCGCUCCCCCAAAGAGCCUCUUAUCUCCAGCUGGUUGUUCUGUCGCUACCUGAUCAUUGGAUGUUAUGUGGGAGCAGCCACUGUUGGAGCUGCUGCCUGGUGGUUUAUGGCAGCCCAUGAUGGACCAAAACUCUCCUUCUAUCAACUGUCCCAUUAUCUGCAGUGCAGUGAAGGCCAUGCUGAGUUUGCUGGUGUGCAGUGUUCAGUCUUUGAAUCUCCGUACCCAAUGACCAUGGCUCUGUCCGUCCUGGUCACCAUAGAGAUGUGCAACGCCUUGAACAGUCUUUCAGAAAACCAGUCCUUGCUAAAGAUGCCCCCUUGGUCGAACCCCUGGCUGGUGGGAGCCAUAUGCCUAUCCAUGACCCUACACUUCCUGAUUCUAUACGUAGACCCACUUCCAGUGAUAUUCCAGAUACGCCCGCUGUCCUGGCCUCAGUGGGUGGUGGUAUUGAAGAUGUCACUUCCUGUCAUCUUGAUGGAUGAGGCCCUCAAGUUUGUGGCCCGCACAUACAUCGAACCAGGCAGCCAAAUCCAGACUCUAGAAGAAGAAGAAGAGCUGCAGAGGGCAAGGGCCCGCGUGGGAUUGGUCGGCGCGGUGAUAACGAAGAUACAUCAGUCAGUGAAGGGCGUGUCCUGGUCAUUCGUCCUGAUCUCUGCACCACUAGUCAUCUGGAUCUUCAGCUUGGACUCUGAUAUUACCAACAUUUUCUGGGAGUGACUUAGAGAGACUGAGGAAGGGUAGGCACGAGUGAAGAAAGAAAGGGAAAAGAUAGAUGGUGUAUUGGGGAUGAAUCAAUAAGGAAAAGGCAAGGGGAGUCGGAGAAAUGAGGCGUAAGCAAAGGUGAUGAAUACUUUUGUGAUAUACGAGAAUGUAAAGGAUAUGAAGUGAAACACUGAGCCAACAGACAAUCAGAAAAAUCUAAAAGGAAAAAAAGUGCAAAGAAGUUUUAUAUGAUGACUUCUUGAUGAAUUAAGGUGCUGCAUGUAGCUAUUUCCCUUAAAUCAACAUGCGUACUUACACCAUAGUUUAACCCACAUCUUCCUUUUAGAGCUGCACUCUUGGUCCUUUUGUCAUUCCUGCUCUGAUGGAGAUCAUCAGUGGUUCCUUUUUUGGUUUUGCUGUUUACAUUUUCUCAGUAGUUUAGUUUAUUUCGGGCUGACCUGCUUUAAGGCGCUUUUCCACCAGCACCUACUGAACUCGACUCGGUUUAGGUGAUUUUCCAUUCCAGUUGAGUACCACCUCAUUGUGGGUGGAGUCACAAAACACUCACCACCAUCCAGCGGUGGAGUCGAGGCCACUCUCCCUCCCGUUGCUCACCGGUCAGUGCCGUAAACGGCGUCCAUUUGGCUAAACCACUUCCAACACCUCCGGUGUGACCCACUCAGGCCCUUGUGGUCCUCGAUGGUCCGAUAGUCUCUUUUGAGCUUUUUUCGCUUCUCCCGACACUGCUUCAUUGUCCUACUGUAUCCGUGGGUGGUCAUCCACUCAGAAACCUCCUGAGAAACUUUCUGGUUGCAAGUCACACCGUCCAGCUCCCUCUGGAUUCUUUGGUCCGCCACCAAAGACAGAAAAGUCUCUUCAUUCGUCCACGGUACAGGUCUGGUGUGUUGUCACUCCCUGUCCAAUCAGUGUCCUGCACUCUGUAGACGUCACAUUAUCGGCUCCACUCAGCUCGCUGGGAAUGCCGGCCCAGUAGGAACUAAAAUAAUAGCUGGUACCAGGUACUACGUCUUCAUGGAAAACCUCACAAACCCAGUAGAGUUGAGCUGAGUAAGUGCUGUUGGUAAAGUGCCAUUAGACCUUCAGAUGGGUUGGCAUGCUGAGCCUGGACCAUUUUUUUAUUUUGUGUUUGUUUUCUGUUUGGUUGGUUUUACCCUAAUUUCCAAUGGUUUAGACAUAGAAGUCAGUGCUCUGCCAAAAGGCGCUUUUCCACCAGCACCUACUCGACUCGGUUGUUUUCCAUUCCAGUUGAGUACCACCUCAUCGUGGGUGGAGUCAUCAUAGCACGGCGGCCCAGGAGUCCCAUAACGUCAUUUGUGUGCGACACAACAAUGGAGGACAUGGAGACAAUGGUAUACCCACUGCUCCAUCUAUGGCUUUUUUAUUUUGCCAAGUUCUGUGAAGAGCAAUGCACACCAUCGCUGUUGCCAGACUUCACAAACCGAGUAGAGUCAAGCCGAGUAGAUGCUAGUAGAAAAGUGCCAUUAGAGAUCUGAACAGGGUUGCACCGGUGAAACUGUCCAUCUAUACAGGAAUGCAAUCCACAGGGAGGUAGCGUUACCUCGCAAGUUAAAGCAUGGCUUCCAAAAAUUACUUUUUUUGGAGGCAACAACUAUAUAAGCUUGCCUGACAAUCCUUUGUAACUUUGCUUUAUCCGUACAUGAAUAUAGAGAGGAAUACACGUCCGAACAAGCUUAACGUUUUGUAGGUUUUUUUUCCAGUGUACUUCCUAAUUUAACUGUGUUUUGUCAGUGAUUGUGGGGUCAGAUGUGUCCAACAUAUUCCAUUCAUUUUUAUGUUUUCAAUGUUAUGAAAAUGGCUCAAAUAUAAGCUAAGCUAAUGUUCCAUCAGUUAGCAGCUGCUCCACCUAAAUGUUCAGUAACAGCCACUCUCUACAGAAAAAAAGUAAUUUUAGUGGUCCAACCUAUUUCACUUUCUUACUCCAGAAGUCCCUACAUUAUACAGCGAACACUAAAACCACUGUCAGGUGAGGAGAAGAACACUAAUCAUCUGGUUUCAGUGGGAAAACCUCGGGUCUUGAUGUUCAUGCUAGAUUGGCAGCACAAGAGAAACCCAUACAAUAUUUUACAUGUGGUUUUAAUUUUAUGGUUGAUCAGUUAUUUAUUUUUUUUAUUUGUGUAUUUAUUUGAUCAGGGACCAUGCAAUUAACAUAGAAAACAUCUGAGGUCUUGCAUAUAGAGCGUAUAGCAUUAAGCUAAUCUUCAACUCCUGUCCCUGGUUGGGCUUUUCAGUGAAAGUAGACAAAGGACUAACAACACCGAUAAAAACAGAACAGACCACAUUAUAAACUACAUAAUGACGCAAUCCACAGUCAGUCGGACCUUCUAGAUGUCAUAGGCGGGUACAUUCUUGUUUUUCUUUCAGCCUAUACUUAGUAAAGGUUUAGUUUAAGUCUAUAUGUGAACUUAGGAAAAGUGUAAGGGUAAAGGGAAUGGUAAAUACUAUAAAAUAAAAAGACAAACAUUUGAUAAAAGUCAGAAAAGGAUUUGUGUAGUAGAAAUAUGUUAAUUUUCACCUUGAGACACUUUAGUGGGACCUGGUGUAGAUGUUUAUUGAAGUGAUUAAUAAGUGUAAUAAUGGUAAAAUGCUACACAUAGCACCUUUUAGGACAACGUUUCUAUACACAUACACCAGCUUUAUAUCUACAGUGUCAUCUACCAGUAAUAAUAUGCGCUUAGUUAAUAAUAUGUACAGCAGAAUCUCCCAUCUGAAAGCCUUAACAGUCUUUAUGCUGUCAUCUAUUCAGUCACAUUACUGUUAAAACUUUUCAUCGUGACUUUCCACAGGGCUACAGUGAGGACUGAACUAGUAAAGGAAGACUAGUAGCAGACCGUUUUCACAUGUAUCUUACUGCACAUUACACAUUUCAAAAUCAAACUUUACAUGACCUUUAGACAUCCUGAGGUUCCACAGAUUAGAGCUUUCUGAGGCCCUGUCCAGUGCAUUGAAAUAUUGAUGUUUAAGUUGUUGUUUUUCUAUCCUUUACUUCUGUUCUCCCUGACAGAAGCGGCCUCUGUGUCAGUGGAAUGGAGAUUAUAAUGGAAGCAGGAUAUCAUUUAAUGACCGGAGCUUUUAUUCUGCAUAAAUUCCCAAUGAUAUCCUGUCACAAGUCACACAGUAGACGUGACCGUGAGCGAGUGUUUCCUUUAAAUGUGAUUUUGUGCUGUCUGAGGUCAUUGUGAGGUCUCACCUGGUUUGCCACUGAAAGGAUUUUUUAUUUGUUUGUUGAGAAUAAAGUCACAGUAAGGUUCCUCUUGGCUGGUGAAGUGACAUCCAGCCGUCAGACUUCAGUGAACUGAAGCCUUAACACAAUGUUUGUUUUCAAAAUUCCAACUUUGCUCUGAAUAUUGACUUUUUUUGUAUAAUGGCAAGCUAAUUGUUUUAAUAUGACUUUUUCAGAUUUAUUUCUUCUUUGUAAAACUGCAACUAUCUUGUCAUGUUGACAUUGUUUUCAGAAUUCCACCCGUAUUCUUAUAAUAUUCUUUAUUCCUGAAAGUGUAAAACUUCCACUUAUGUUCCAUUGUUUUCCUAUAAGGAGCCAUUUGCUCUUUAAGAUACCAUUUAUUAAUGCAUUUGUUUUGUUUUAGUGAAACCUUGGUAUUUAUUUGUUGAAUUUAAUUUGCAUUGAUUUGCAAAAAAUUUGUUUUUUAAUACCGCUAAGGCAGAAGAAACGCCUGUAGAUGCACUGAGUAGAAAAUACUUUUGAAUUAUUUAUUUCUAUUUUAUUUAUUUGCAUUGUCAUGCUGAAGUUUGUUCACACCAUUUGUCCUUUAUUAUUAUUAUUUAAUGCUGAUGCCCAUGUUCUUAGAAAUAGAAUGAGAGUUUUUAGAGCCCCACAUAGAUGGUACUGUACUGGUUUCCUGUUUAAACAAAGACUAAAUUGAAGAAUUACAUAACUAUGUAGCCAAAGUUUUUCCGUCUUUCUGUUUUCUGCACCGCUGCCACAGAUAUUCACAGUGAAGUGUCACUUUGGUUGGUUUUCUUUUUGACUUUUCUUUUUGUUUACUCUGCAGGCGAUAGGUGAUGCUACAGGAUGAAAACAAUAAAAUGGUUCAGCGUUUGA